AUGCAUUUAUCCUCCUCACAAACCUAUUUUCCAUCCAACGGCUGCGAUUCUCUCACCACCAACCAAUGGGAUAUAUUAUCCCAAUUUCCACAUAAUUGGUGACACUAAAGAAAGCAGAGCUAGCUAGCUGAGAUACAUAUAUCAUAUAUGGCAUCUUUGAACUUGUUCUUUUCUCCGGCGGCCGCCAAACAAAGGAGAGUGUACACGGCGGCUACCGCCGCCAAAAGCUCCGGCGGAAGCAGCGAGGAGAAGGGGCUGCUGGACUGGAUCCUUGGAGGACUACAGAAGGAAGACCAGCUGCUUGAGACUGACCCAAUCUUGAAAAAGGUCGAGGGGAAAAGCAGCGCCACCACCGUCGCGGUGGGCCGCCGGAAGUCGCCGGUGGCUGCUCCUCCGCCCAAGAGUAAUACCAAUGGCGGCGGCUUCGGCGGCUUCGGUGGUCUCUUUGCAAAGAAAGAUUAAUGAUUAAUUAGUCUUGUGUUUAUUCCAUAUAUAUAGACUUUAAUUUGUUUAAUCGUCCAUACAUGCAAUUCAUAUCAUCUUUGAUUUGAUUUACAGAAAAGUCUGCAGUCAAUUAUAUUGUUCAUUUCUUCUACAUGAAUAUUUUUAUAGAGCACUGUUAUUUUCUAUUUGAGAUGGUGAAA